AUGGACCACCUGAACAAGGCACUUAGUGAUACCUCUGGUACCUCGAAUUACUGUCCUAGUAAAGAUACUUCGUCCGUAUCAGAUGAGUUCAAGAAGGCGUGCCCAAUGUUGAGUGGCGGCUCACACAGUCGCACAGACACGGUCCGUCAAGACGUGACCAACGGCACGUGCGCCUACAACAACAUACCCGAGGAGGUGCAAAUUCCAGACAAUUACAACACGUUCGGGACAAACGCAGGCGUCAGCCCGUCCGAUAACUUCUAUGCCGCUGCGAAUGAGACGUAUGAUCUCUUAACGCGCCAGACGAUUCCAGUCGUCCUACUGGGACGAUUUGUUGACCCGGAUUCGAAUCUGGUGCAGACCAGCGUCGAGUUCGUGUGUAUGAAUGCGAACAACACAGUGGAGGGAAGCCGUGUACCAGAGGAACAGACGCCGUGGGAUAGUGCUGGGGCUGAUAUCAGUGCUAGGAUGGUGGGAUGGGCGGCCGGUGUGAUGACGGCGGUGAUGCUGGUGUUGUAA